AUGGAUCCCUCUCGGGUAGUUCAGGCUUUAAAGGGAACUUUGUCCAUGGAACAAAGAGAUGAAGCAGAAAAGGCCUUAUUAGAAGUUUGUUUUACUCUCACUUUUUACUAUCAGUCCCUCGAAAUUCCCGUACGCCAAGCGGCUGCUGUAUACUUUAGGAACAUUGUUUCGACUUCAUGGAAGGAUCGAGAGGCUGAACGACCAGAUGAACCUGUUCCAUUUAGCAUCCACGAACAAGAUAGAGAGUCCAUACGCAACACUAUACUUGAUGCUAUGGCGACCGGAAAAUGGAUCGAUGCAUUUAGACACGUACUUGAUGAUUUAUCCAACGCAGACGAUGAUCCUACUUCAAUGUGGUGGAAGAGAAAAAAGUGGGCUCUGAAUAUUCUCUGUCGUAUUUGCGAUAGUGAGGAGGAUGAUGCACUGUGGUCAGAAGACCCUAUUGAAUAUGUCCGAAUAAAAGCAUCCGAUUGUAUGAUGAAUAUUGAUCCUACGGAUGCUGCUUUGAACCUCCUCCAUGAGGCAUGCCUCAAGCGGAGGGGUGUUCUUGAAAACGCUAUGGAAUUUUGUAUUCAUCUUUUAACUUCCCCAGAGAGAGAUAAUCGGUCGAAAGACGGAGCUAUACAUAUGAUUGGGGCAGUAGCUGAAAUACUUUUGAAGAGGAAAAUGUACAAGAACCAAAUGGAAAGCUUUCUUGUCAAUCAUGUGUUGCCUACUUUUGAGGCUCCUGAGGGUUAUCGACGAGCGCGUGCCUGCUGGAUUAUUGGGAAAUUAGUAGAUGUUGAUUUCAAGGAUAUCGCUGUUUUGCAUCAAACGACAGAAGCGCUUAAGCGCGCCAUGAGCAAAGAUCUUGAAAUUCCUGUGCGUACCCUGGCUGCUAUUGGACUCUUUGAUUUGCUGCGCGCACAAGAGAGAACACGAGAACUCCUUUUAUCCUGCCUUCCGGAACUAAUUAUGCGUAAGUUCAACUCAGCUAUUCUUUUAUGA